AGUCCUGUGUGUCUGGGGACAAGGGGAAAGAGCAGCAGAAGUGUCCCUUCUCCAGGAUCAAGGAACUGGGACGGGUCAGAAGGGGGACCGUUUCCUGGACCCCAGUCCUCCGAAUCAGCUCCUAGAGUGGAAUCAGGAAGGAUUCUGGAGCCACAGAGGAUAGAAAGGUGGAAGGUGGGAACCAAAGUGAGGAAGAGCCAGGGAACGCAGCCAGGCAGGUGGAAUGGGAACUCUCUGGAGCCAAGAGAGCACUCCAGAAGAGAGGCUGCCCGUGGAAGGGAGCAGGCCGUGGGCAGUGGCCAGGCGGGUGCUGACAGCUAUCCUGAUUUUGGGCCUACUCCUUUGUUUUUCUGUGCUUUUGUGCUACAUCUUCCAGAGCUGUGGCCCUUGCCCCUGUGAGACAUCUGUGUGUUUGGAUCUCCGGGAUCAUUACCUGGCCUCUGGGAACACAAGUGUGGCCCCCUGCACCGACUUCUUCGGCUUUGCCUGUGGAAGGGCCAAAGAGACCAAUAAUUCUUUUCAGCAGCUUGCCACAAAGAACAAAAACCGACUUCGGAAAAUAUUGGAGGCCCAGAAUUUCUGGCACCCAGGCUCUGGGGAGGAGAAAGCCUUCCAGUUCUACAACUCCUGCAUGGAUACACGUGCCAUUGAAGCUGCAGGGACUGGUCCCCUCAGACAAGUUAUUGAGGAGCUUGGAGGCUGGCGCAUCUCUGGUAAAUGGACUUCCUUAAACUUUAACCGAACGCUGAGACUUCUGAUGAGUCAGUAUGGCCAUUUCCCUUUCUUCAGAGCCUACCUAGGACCUCAUCCUGCCUCUCCACACACACCAGUCAUCCAGAUAGACCAGCCAGAGUUUGAUGUUCCCCUCAAACAAGAUCAAGAACAGAAGAUCUAUGCCCAGAUCUUUCGGGAAUACCUGACUUACCUGAAUCAGCUGGGAACCUUGCUGGGAGGAGACACAAGCAAGGUGCAAGAACACUCUUCCUUGUCAAUCUCCAUCACUUCACGGCUGUUCCAGUUUCUGAGGCCCCUGGAGCAGCGGCGGGCACAGGGCAAGCUCUUCCAGAUGGUCACUAUCAACCAGCUCAAGGAAAUGGCCCCUGCCAUCGACUGGUUGUCCUGCUUGCAAGCGACAUUCACACCGAUGUCCCUGAGCCCCUCUCAGUCCCUCGUGGUCCAUGACGUGGAAUAUUUGAAAAACAUGUCUCAACUGGUGGAGGAGAUGCUGCUAAAGCAGAGGGACUUUCUGCAGAGCCACAUGAUCUUAGGGCUGGUGGUGACCCUUUCUCCAGCCCUGGACAGUCAAUUCCAGGAGGCACGCAGAAAGCUCAGCCAGAAACUGCGGGAACUGACAGAGCAACCACCCAUGCCUGCCCGCCCACGAUGGAUGAAGUGCGUGGAGGAGACAGGCACGUUCUUCGAGCCCACGCUGGCGGCUUUGUUUGUUCGUGAGGCCUUUGGCCCGAGCACCCGAAGUGCUGCCAUGGAAUUAUUCACUGCGAUCCGGGAUGCCCUCAUCACUCGCCUCAGAAACCUUCCCUGGAUGAACGAGGAGACCAAGAACAUGGCCCAGGACAAGGUUGCUCAACUGCAGGUGGAGAUGGGGGCUUCAGAAUGGGCCCUGAAGCCAGAGCUGGCCCGACAAGAAUACAACGAUAUACAACUUGGACCGAGCUUUCUGCAGUCUGUCCUGAGCUGUGUCCGGUCCCUCCGAGCUAGAAUUGUCCAGAGCGUCUUGCAGCCUUGCCCCCAACACAGGUGGAAGGUGUCCCCUUGGGAGGUCAAUGCUUACUAUUCGGUAUCUGACCAUGUGGUAGUCUUUCCAGCUGGACUCCUCCAACCCCCAUUCUUCCACCCUGGCUAUCCCAGAGCCGUGAACUUUGGCGCUGCUGGCAGCAUCAUGGCCCACGAGCUGUUGCACAUCUUCUACCAGCUCUUACUGCCUGGGGGCUGCCCGGCCUGUGACACCCAUGCCCUCCAGGAAGCUCGCCUGUGCCUGAAGCGCCAUUAUGCUGCCUUUCCAUUACCCAGUGGAACCUCCUUCAAUGACUCCCUCACAUUCUUGGAGAACGCUGCAGACGUUGGGGGGCUAGCCAUCGCGCUGCAGGCAUACAGCAAGAGGCUGUUACGGCACCGUGGGGAGACUGUCCUGCCCAGCCUGGACCUCAGCCCCCAGCAGAUCUUCUUUCGAAGCUAUGCCCAGGUGAUGUGUAGGGAGCCCAGCCCCCAGGACUCUCACGACACUCACAGCCCUCCACACCUCCGAGUCCACGGGCCCCUCAGCAGCACCCCAGCCUUUGCCAGAUAUUUCCGCUGUGCACAUGGUGCUCUCUUGAACCCCUCCAGCCGCUGCCAGCUCUGGUAACUUGGCUACCAAAGAUGCCACAGCACAGAAAUAUCGACCAACACCUCCCUGGUCACAUCCAUGGAAUCAGAGCAAGAUUUCCUUUCCGCUUCUGUUCCAAAAAUAAAAGCUGGCACUUGGCUUCC